AUGGACCCAUCCCAGCAAGCAAUGAACUCGUCCCAGCGAGGCAUGCCGUCCGAGCAAGACAUGUACUUGGCCCAGCAAGGCAGGUACCUGCCGCGGCCGGUAGCACUCUCAUCCCAGCAAGGCAUGAGCUCGUCUCAGGGAGCUAUGCCGCCCCAGCAAGCCAUGUACCCGGCCCAUGCAGCCAUGUAUCCGCCGCGGCCAGCAAUGCCGUUCCAGCAAACCAGGUACCAACCGCCGCCACUCGUGCUCUCGUCCCCGCGACCCAUGCGGUCCCAGCGGUCCCAGCCAGAAAUGCACUUGCCCCGGCAAGUCAUGGAAUCGUCCCGGCAAGCUAUGCAGCCCCAGCAAGUCAUGUACCUGCCGCGGCCAGUAGCGCUCCCGUCCCAGCGAACCAUGAUCAGCUCCCAGACUGUCGCGAGGCGUCCCGAGCCUCAGUUCCACUUGUUCAGUCGCCUACCGGCUGAAUUGCGGAUAAAGAUCUGGGAGUUCUGCCUACCAAACCGAGUGGUGGAACUCAAUCACCCUCAGUGGGUAGCCCAAAAGGACAAAUGCACAGGGACAUGGACAUCCAAGCGGAACACAUUGCCGCCAGCAAUUUCGCAAGUCAGCCACGAGGCUCGAGUAGUGGCCACCCGCGCUGCCGUCCGUGAAAGGCAAAUCGACCCCCAGCGCCAGAUCCGACGAACAUUCGGUUUCUGGUUCCAGAGGAAUAGGGACAUCGUGAUGAUGUACCAAAAGGAUGAGUCUGGGACCACCAUUCGGUACAAUGACUAUCCCUUUUCCGUUAAGGGUAUGGAGUGGCUUCAGGAGAAGGCCCUUGACACGGCGAUCUACUCGACGAUGAUCAAUCCGUGGGGCUCUCGGGCCGGAACUUUGACAGCGGACCCUGGGAUGCAUCAUGCUCCCAUUACUGGGUGGUAUGACCCGCUAAUUAUCGUGGAGACAAUCCCCAUCCACGCCAAGGAGGCCGAUGUAAGGGCGGCGGGUGUAUUCGGCGCAAUGGCGGAUGAGCCCAUCCAGCUGGUCGACCCAGCCGAUGCAACCCUGUUGGAGCGAUACCGCUGGCUCUGCAUGGAUCGGCCCGGCACCCAGACCGAGAGUGUUAUCAGGUUCUUCAACAACUUCACUGGAGGACGCCAGCAGGUUGACAACCUGCGGCAACACUUGGACUGGUGGGUGAAGCAGGGGAAGGGCCGAGAGCUCUGGCGGAAGUGGAAGGCCGCCAAGGACGAGGGUUUUGCCGGUAUCGAGUAUCCGGAGAGCAUCUGGAAAACGCGAACCGGCGCCGAAUUCCCCACGCUGAACGAGGGAGUCCUCACCAUGUGGAGUCCCGAUGGGUGCGUAAACUUGAAUUUGUUUAGCCCCAACGAGGACCACCCCUGGGUGAAGGAGAAGCUCGCCGGGGCUAGCUUCACGCCUCGCAUCAUGUUCCGGUGGUGCGGGGCUGAGUGCUGGACUCGUCGCUGGCGUUAG